AUGGCUGGAGUCAAACGUGCUACUCUUUUAGUUUGCCGAUGGUCGUCCGGCCUUGUCUGCUACCUCAUCGGUUACCACCCGUUCGCGAAAGACCAGGCUUGUUCGCUACUCGCCAUCCUGCACAGAGCCUUUUACAAGGAGAUUCUCUCAGCAAGCGGGGAUGCUAGUAACGAAAUCCUCGUUGGUAGCAGCCUCAUCAGCACCUCAGAAGGUUCCUCUGGUAUAGCGGAAAGCUCGGACGAUGGCGACGCGGAAACAGGGAUCUUGUCAGCCACGUCGUCGUCGCUUGCCACGUCGACGUCGCGUGCCACGUCAGACACGACCGUUGGCGACGGCGACGUGUUUAAGGACGUCCAUAAACCCGCUCCGAAAGAACUGUCGGGCGAGAUUCUCGAAGCCAUCAGCCAAUCCAUGGCAUCCACGUCAGCGCGCUAUCGUGGCGUGGCGGGUAGUGGCCUACCCUCCUUAGAUCCCUAUCCCGACGCGCCCGAUGCGUACUUUACUUCCGUUCAGGAGCCGCCGCCUCUGCCCGGGAGUGAUGGAGAUAGUAGUAGCGAGGAUGAAGACGAAGCGGCGGGAGUGGCGAGGAGGCGGAGAGAGCGGGAGAGAAGGAAGGAGGAGAGGGAGAGGAGGGAGAAGAAGGGGCAGGAAGGCGGGGCGGAAGGGGCGACGGCGGAUGAGGGGAGCGGGGAAGGGGGGGGCGAGAAGCCGGAGGGCGUUACGUAUGAGGAAACUAGGGUUGGAGCAGAAAGGGGUGAAGGAGGGGAGAAAAUAAUUGUAGCAACAGCAACAGCAACAGCAGCAGCAGCAGCAGCAGCAGCAGCAGCAGCAGCAGCAGCAGCAGCAGCAGCAGCAACCGCACCAAUGACAUUAGCAGCUGCAGCACGAGACAGCCAGUCAGUAGACAUCUCGGUCGGGGUCCGGGAACUCCCGAGCCUGGCCCCGAACCUCCCGCCGUGGCUCGGCACCCCGCUGAUGGCCGAGGCAGCGGGAGGUUCGGCCGCGGCGGCGGCGGCGGCGGCGGCGGAGUGCGCGUCCCCCGACAUUGGUCGGUGGCGGGAGACGCGGAUUAAGGAGAAACAGCGCGCCGGCGGCGGGCUGGGGGGGGGGCUAGUAGCGGGGAUGAGUGAGGAGAGAAAGCAGAGCGAGGUGGGAAACAAGAUUGGAGCUUCAGCCGCAGAAGCAGCAGCAGCAGCAGCAGCAGCAGCAGCAGCAGCAGCAGCAGCAGCAGCAGCAGCAGCAGCAGCAGCAGCAGCAGCAGCAGCAGCAGCAGCAGCAGCAGCAGCAGCAGCAGCAGCAGCAGCAGCAGCAGCAGCAGCAGCAGCAGCAGCAGCAGCAGCAGCAGCAGCAGCAGCAGCAGCAGCAGUCACAACAGUCACAGCAGUCGAGUAUCUGGAGCCGCUUCUCUGGGCGAGCGCCUUCCCCGUCCCGCAUGCUGCGCCGAGCUCUCACUCCCCCUCGUUCCGCCCGCACCCCCCCGCGCUCCUCCCCCACUCCCCCCCGUUCCACCCCCACGCCCCCCCGCUCCCCAACGCCCCCUCACUCCCCCACCGCCCCCCGCUCCCAGACCCUUCCCUUCCCCGUAACGCCCCCAAGGUCCCCCAGUCACGGGGUGUCCGCGGGAAAGGGGGCGCAGGGGGAAGGGGAGAAAGCAGGCCUUUUGAGCCAUCGCAAACCUCUGCUACGUCCGCUCUGCCACGCGACCCCACACUCGCGCCCACUCCCUCUCUCUCCACCAACCCGCCUUCCGCUGACCCUCGUUCCGCUCACCCUCCUGCUCUUAGCAUCCCUACUGAUGGAGUUUCGCCUGUAGCUGAGUCCUCUCACGCAGCUGGUACAGCUGCAUCUGUAGCGGCUGUAGCAGCUUCCAGCCAAUCAGCAGCGACAGCCUCUGAUAGGGCCCAUCCACUUGGCACUCCAGUCUCGCCACGUCAGCCGCAAGCCAAGGAGGACUACCCAGCCCCUCCUCCUUCCGAACCUGAGUCCGAACCUGUUUCCGAACCUCCAUCCGAACCAGCUUCGGAACACCCUUCCGAGCCUGUUUCCGAGCCUGCAAUGGGGUCAGGCAGGGGGGAGAAAGAGUACCACCCACGUAUUCCCAAAUCAGACAGUAAUGAUGGGAGAAGAGGGGUUUUAGUGACUAUAAAGGGCCCUCCGUUUCCUGUUUUUUGCACUACUGGGGAUACUGUAGAUUCGCCUGAUUAUGACGCAGCCGAUGCUAACACAGGUUUCACAGCAGCAUCGGGGAAUUCUGGUCCGGUAUCAGGCUCGGCGGAAGGUCCGGCAGAUGGCUCGGGUGGAGCAGGGAGAGCUCGAAGGAGGUUCGGUGUUUUCCGAAGCGCGUCGACGACUGGUUCGGCAACGGGAGGAGGAGGCGAGUUUCGAGAGUAUAAGACCUUUAAGGAGCAUCUUAUGGACAAGCACAAAUCGCAGCAGAAAGAGCCGCGCGAUAAGGGGGAUAAGGAGCAGAAGGAGAAAAGGGAGAAAAGGGAGAAGAAGGAGAAGAAAGCAGAGGAAAGUCAUAGCAGAGGAGAAGGGCAGCCUCGGGAGCCCAGGGAGAAAAAAGUCCUAGGUCUUGGGCUAGGCCUUGGCCUCCCAUCGCUCUCCACCUCGCCUUCCCCCUCCCCAUCCACCCCCUCAUACCCCUCCUCUUUAUCACACUCUUCCGAUUCGCGCCUCCCUCUCACGCCGCCCACACGAUCCCCCAUCCGUUCCCCGAUCUCACACUCCUCCCCUCUCUCCGCGUCCACCACUCCCGGGCGACACAGCCACCUCAGCACAGGCACCAGCAGCAGCAGCCACAGCCCAAACAGUGGCUCGGGAUCAGGUUCAGCGUCAGGUUCGGGAACAGGCUCGUUCCAGUUUAUCAACCAGUCGAUAGGUGCGGCCCAGCGUGCUCACAGGCUGGCGGCUCACUCCAUCCGCGUUAUAGGGCCCAAGAGGCUGGCCGCUGCUGUUGCAGCUGCCAAGCAGAAGCAGCAUCAGCAGGAGCGUGAGCAGGAACAGGGGCAGGGAAAGGAGCAGAUGAAGCAGGAGAAGGAGCAGGAGCAGGAACAGAAGGAAGGGCAGCAUCAGGAACAAAAGCAGCUGGAAGAGGAGCAGCAGCAGAAGCAGAAGCACAAGCGCCGAUACAGCCUGAAUGAUGGGGAGAACGUGAAGGGGCCAGGACUGGUCGGAGAGAGUGGGGAGGGCUACGAGGGGAGUAAGGGAGCAGAGGGAGAGGAGAGGGGUGAUGUAAGUAGAGAUGGGGUAGGAGGAGCUGAGGAGGAGACAAAAGCAGGGGUACCAGUCGCAACAGCGGCAGAAAUACCACCACCACCACCACCAGCAGCAGCAAUAGCUCGCACAAGAAAAGGGCCACCAAAGUCGGCUCCUCUAGUCCUUCCACCCGACCCUUCAGAGGGGCAUGCAGAGGGGCAUGCAGAGGGGCCAGAACCAUCACCCCACCUCGCAAGCCCAACCAACCUACUAGCCCAACAAACCCAACAAGCCCAACAAACUCAACUCACCUCCCCAUCCACUUCCACCCACGUGCCCACCCACACACACUCUCUCUCCCCAUCUCCGUCGCCCUCCCCGCGUUCUCGCAAGGCGCCAGGACCGGUGCAAACAACAGUGGAGGCGUGGGCGUGGCUGUUUGGUCGGGCGGUGUCGGCAGGGGGGAUGGUAGGGGCGGGAAUGCUGGGGAAGAAACAGGGGGGGCGCAAGGGGGGUGGUACAGGAGAAGGGGGAGAAGCGGAGGGGGAAGGGGCGGGGGAGGGUUCGGUGAAGAGUCGUGAGGGAGGGGGAGAGGUGAGGGUUGGAGGGGAGGGAGAGGAGGGAGGAGUAGAGGUAGGUUUGGAGCAGGGGAGAGAGAGUGUGGUAGAAGGUGUGGGUGCUGUAGGAAAGGGCGAAUUGAAUGGAGAAGAGGGGGUGGGGGAAGCAGGGGGGAGUGAUGGGGGGACUGUGGAACCAAGUAUGGUUGCCACAGCAACAGUUGCUUAG